AUGGUUGGGCCUAAACCAUCCUCCGACUCCUUCCUUCGAGACUUAAUUGGCGGGCGCUACCGCCGAGUGCGGCUGAUCGGGCGCGGAUCGCACGGCACGGUGUGGGAGUGCGAAGACAUUUGCACGUCCCUCCGCGUCGCGUGCAAAUCCAUCCCGCACGUGCCGCGCGAUUCGACGCACCCGCAAGCUCCGGUGCGCGUUGACGACAUCUGUACGGAGGUCUGCGCUUUAAAGAAGGUCGGGGGGCAUAUUAAUAUCGUCGGUUUAAUCGAGAGCACGGGCGCGCUUCCGUCGCGCGGAAAGGAUGCUUCCGCCGCGCCUGCUUCCCCGACCGCCAAAUUUGGCGCAACGUCGCUCCCUGCUUCCCCCACUAAAUCCAACCUACGCUCCGCUGCCUCUCCGUCCUCCGCCGAUUUCCGCGCUUCCCCCUCCUCUCCCGCACCCCCAUUCUCGAACGCCACAAUUGCCCCCCCUUCUCCGCCCGCCUCCCCUUGCACUCCCCCCUCCCCCUUGCGCAACAAGAGCCCGCGACCCUACAAAUCCGCAUCCGCACUAGGCGGCUCUUCCGCGUGUGGGGCAAACGAUGGCGCACGCCUUGGCGGAAGCUUUGGCGCGAACCGUAGCGCAAGCCUUGGCGGAAGCUCCCCGCUGGGGGAAGAUUACGUGGGCGCGGAGCGGCAGAUUGUGGGGGUGAAACUCGCGGAUUUUGGGGUUUCCGCGAUUCUGAAAGGGGGGAUGCGCGAGCUCCGCCGCAGCAGGGGCGCGGGGACUCCCGCGUAUAUGGCGCCAGAAAUGGGCUGGCAGAAGCGGGGGGGCGGGCGGGGCAAAGCAGUGGGGGAGACGGGAGAGCAGGAGAACGCUGGAGGAAUGGGUCUGAACGGCAGGGUAAAUAACCCUACUUCUUCGGAUCUGCCCGAGUAUGGCGUGAAGGCAGACGUGUGGAGCCUCGGGGUUACCCUGUGCACAAUUUUGACUGCCCGGAUUCCAUCCCAUCCUGUAGACUUCUCAAAACCGGAAUGGGAGGGGGUUUCGGCAGACGCAAAGGAUCUGGUCCGUCGGAUGCUGGUGGUGGACCCGGAUCAACGGCUGAGCUCGUUCGAGGUGCUGGAGCAUCCGUGGCUGAACCAGACGGCCGUUCGAUCGUUGGACCCGGCCGUGCGCUGCCCCCACCUGCUCUCGCCCUCCCUGCCUGGCGAAACUAGUGGUAACCAGGUUACGCGGAUCGUCUGCAUGUAG